AUGACGCAAAUGAAGGCUGCAUUGUUCUAUGGCCCUGAGAAGGGUCUCGAGAUUGGCUACACAACAAAACCUGUGCCAGCUCCGAACCACAUCCUCGUCAAGAUCAAGGCUUCUAGUCUCUGCCACUCCGAUUUUACUCUCCUUGACAAUGAGCGACCAGCCCCCAGUUAUCCCAUCGUUCCCGGGCACGAAGCCACCGGCGUUGUGGAGUCGGUGGGAAGUGAUGUAACCGGCUUCGCGCCAGGUGACGCCGUCGGAUUCCUGCUCUAUCGAGACUAUUGCAACUCCUGCCCGGCCUGCAGCGUGAUACAGAUGGCCUGCCCUAAGGGUUCACUUCAAGGCUUUUCGGUCGAUGGAUACUUUGCCGAGUACGCUGCCGUCGACGCCCGUUCUGCGCUUAAGCUCCCUGAUGGCAUGGAUCUUGUCUCUGCCGCCCCUUUGUUUUGUGCUGGCCUAACGGCGUACCAUGGCGUGAAGAAAUGCAACCUGCAGGCAGGGAAUUACAUUGGAAUCAUGGGAGUGGGUGGUUUGGGUCACCUUGCCAUUCAGUAUGCCGAGAAGCUAGGCCUCAAGCCAAUCGCUAUCGAUAUCGACAAUGCGCGACUAACAGAUGCCCUAAACCUUGGUGCGGUAGCUGCUUUCAACACUCGUGAUCCCGAGUUUUCCAACGAGAUUCGUAAGGUCACUGGGGGCGGCCUUCCUGCGGUAUGUGUCUUUAGUGGUGUGACCGCUGCGUACGCCUCAGCAGUGCAGUGUUUGGCGAUCGGCGGUCUGUUGAUGGCUGUGGGCAUGGCGAAUGGCGACUUGCCAGUCACUUCGAUGCAGGUUGCCAUGGGCCUCAUCCGAGUACAAGGAGCAUCGUCAGGGCGGCCUGACGAGAUGGCGGAGUGCAUCACCUUUUCUCACAGGCAUAAUAUUCUGCCCAAGACUACCGAGUAUUCGCUGGAUGAUUUCCCAAAGAUGAUCGACCUGAUGCGAGCGGGGAAUUUUCAUGGACGCAUGGUUGUGACCAGUUUCUAG